UAACCACAACAACAAACACACCAACAAAAAAAAAACAGAAAGUAACAUGAGAUCUCUCUUACUAGCCGUGUGCCUGGUUCUUGCUUUGCACUUUGGUGAAGCAGCCGUGUCUUGCAACACGGUGAUUGCGGAUCUUUACCCUUGCCUCUCCUACGUGACUCAGGGCGGACCGGUCCCAAGCCUCUGCUGCAACGGUCUCACAACACUCAACAGUCAGGCUCAAACUACUGCGGACCGUCAGGGCGUCUGUCGUUGCAUCAAAUCUGCUAUUGGAGGACUCACUCUCUCUCCUAGCACAAUCAACAAUGCUUUGGCUUUGCCUUCUAAAUGUGGUAUUAACCUCCCUUACAAGUUCAGCCCUGACACCAACUGCGAGAGUAUUAAGUGAGACAAGCAGAAAAUCUUAAAGGAAGCUACUACUACUACAAGAACUAUAAUAACCUAAUAAUAAAUGAGGGCAUUAAUUGGUUUGCUAGUUGCAACGUUGAUCAGUGAUGUAUUGCCAUUUCGAAUGUUCUAAUAUAAUAUCAGCGCAGGC